AUGCAUGAUGGAAAACUGUCCUUUGAUGAAUUCAAAGCUUACUUUGCUGACGGAAUUCUGAGUGGAGAAGAACUGCAUGAACUUUUUCACACCAUUGAUACACACAAUACUGACAAUCUUGACACAGAAGAACUCUGCAAAUAUUUUUCCCAGCACUUAGGAGAGUAUGAAAAUGUUCUCUCUGUCUUGGAAGACUUAAACAUAACCAUACUGAAGGCAAUGGACAAAACAAAGAAAGACUAUCAGGAAGCUUCUAAUUUGGAGCAGUUUGUGACUCGCUUUCUUUUGAAGGAAACACUGAACCAGCUUCAGUCCCUCCAGAACUCCCUGGAGUGUGCCAUGGAAACCACAGAGGAGCAGACUCGGCAGGAGAG